UUUGUAUUUAACAUAAAACAUCCUUCAAAUAUUUGAAGACAGCCAAAUGGAGUCUCUUUCUCCCUUCGCAGCCACUAUUAUGGUCGUUAUACUUUCUUUUAUAUCUUGGUUCAUAUACUCUUCGUCUUGGACUUGGAAAAAGACAUGCAUGAAGAGAGCACCGCCGGAAGCUGCUGGUGCUUGGCCUGUUAUUGGCCAUCUUCAUCUCCUAGGAGGUUCACAGUCACCUCUCUCAGUCCUGGGAAAAAUGGCUGACAAGUACGGUCCCAUAUUUACAAUCAAGCUUGGUGUUCAUCGAACACUUGUCGUAAGUAACUGGGAGAUUGCCAAGGAGUGUUUCACUUCCAAUGACAAAACGUUUGCUAAUCGACCAAAGGCACUUGCCAUGGAAAUUUUAGGCUAUGAUUAUUCCAUGUUUGGCUUCAGUCCUUACGGAGAAUACUGGUGUCAAAUUCGUAAGAUAGUCACACUUGAGCUUCUGUCCAAUCAGCGGCUUGAGAUGUUAAAGCAUGUUAGGGAAGCUGAGGUAAAGGCUGCCAUAAAAGGGUUGUACAAGGAAUGGAUCAAGAACAAAAGUAACACCGAUAAGCUUACUGCAGAGAUGAAGAGAUGGUUCUGGGACAUAACUUUGAAUGUGGUACUAAAGAUUAUUGUAGGGAAGCGAUAUGUGGAGUAUGAAAAUGGUAGCAAGGGUGAAGAUGAUGCAUGGCGAGAAGCUCUUAGGGAAUUUAUGGAACUUUUAGGGAAAUUUGUGGUAUCAGAUGCGUUACCAUAUUUAAGGUGGUUGGAUUUGGGAGGAAUGGAGAGGAAGAUGAAGAAGACCCUCAAAAACCUCGACCAUGUUGUUCAAGAAUGGUUAGAAGAACGUAAGAAGAAGAAAGGAACAGACAAAACAAAGGGCGAGGAAGAUUUCAUGGAGGCUCUGAUGUCCAUUUUAAAUGACGCAAAACAGUUUUCCAGUCGAGAUGUCGAUACCAUUAACAAAGCUACGUGCCUGGUUCUUAUUUUAGCAGCCUCGGAGACCUCAACAAUUACAAUGACUUGGGCUUUGUGUUUACUACUCAAUAACCGUGAUGUCCUAAAGAAGGCUCAAAAUGAACUAGACAUCCAUGUCGGUCGAGAAAGGCAAGUGAAGGAGUCAGACACAAAGAGUUUGAUUUACCUGCAAGCAAUUAUCAAGGAAACAUUCAGAUUAUAUCCUGCUGCGCCACAGCUGGUUCCCCACGAAUCCAUGGAAGAGUGCGUUAUAAAUGGCUACCAUAUUCAACCAAAGACACGCUUACUUAUAAAUGUUACGAAAAUUCAUAGAGACCCAAGUGUGUGGCUGAAUCCUGAGAAAUUUCAGCCGGAGAGGUUUCUCAUCACCCACAAGGACGUUGACUUCAGGGGCCAAAACUUCGAGUUGAUACCCUUUGGCAGUGGAAGAAGAAUGUGCCCUGGAAUCUCAUUUGCUCUUCAAGUUUUGAACCUGACAUUGGCAAGUUUUUUGCAUGCGUUUGAAAUUGAAACUUUAUCAGACAGUCCAAUUGAUAUGACUGAAUCAGGUGGAAUAACCAACUAUAAGGUUACCCCUUUAGAAGUUGUUCUUACUCCACGCCUUCCUGCUCACCUCUACUAGCUACUAUGUUCGUAUGUGAUAUGUAACCUCAAACUUCGUAAGCUUUUCCCUUUGAAAAAAUGUUGCACUAUCAUUUUCUUUUACCUAAUAAAAACUGGAGGUGUUGGGUUUGGGUCUGUUUUACGAAGAUGGUGGUUGGGUGCCUAAGCUCUUGGGUGUGUGGAUGCCUAGGGUUCCUUGGACUAUGCUGAGUCCUGGGUUGGGCUGAGUUAGAUGGUUUUGGAAGAGUUCUUUGGGUUGUGCUAGUUUGCAUGUAUUCUAAGCUUUUUUUAGGCCUAUUUUCUUUGUACAGUCCACUCGGCCUUUGCUGUGUAGUUUAAAAUAACAAUAAUAAAACAUGUAUGUAUCAUACACAAUUGCAUGGUU